ACUUUUAUAGCCUAUGAGAUUUUACACAUUUGUGUUAUGGAUUUAUCCUAACAACAUGCCUCGUUUAUUCAUUUCCCUGGUGCCUUUUCAUUUGGCCAAAAUAACUUUAACUCUGGAUGAACCUAUUGUAACAGCAAUUUUUUCAAUCAAUUAUAAGUAAGUGCAAUACAUUUUUUAAUGUUAAAGAAAAUCUUGUGAAGCCAGCCAGAAAUGUACAUUACUCUUUCAUUUUAUGUAUUUAGAUAAAUAUGUUAUUAGUUGCUUUUUACCUUAUUAUUAACUGUGUGGUUAAAUGUGUUUUCAGCUGCUAAUAUAAGCAGAGACAUGCUGCCCAGCCUCUCUAAGGAGGACUUGCGUGAUCUCCUUCCCGGGCCUGAGCACUUCAGAAGAAGAAGAACCAUUUGGAGACUCAAUCAUGAUGAAAAUGAGGUAAUUCCAGAUUCUAACAUUUGAGGGACUUUAAACCUGUUACCAAGUAAGCCUUUCCUAGUCAUCAUGCAGUUAUUUGAAGUGGAGUUUUUUGGUUGUGUUGAUUUUUGUUGUUGUCACAGCGUAGUGCUCUUUUCAUUGUAAAUACCAUUUUAUAUAUAUAUAUAUAUAUGCAUCUUUUAUACAGGGCCAGGAGACAGACCUGUGUAGACCGAGUACCUCCCAUGGGACUUGUGAUUUCAGCCCUAUUCCUACCCCCAACCUUCCUUGUUUCCCUCCUCUUCCUCCUCCUGCCCCAACCCCUCUCCAUCCCCCGUCUUUUCUCCACCCUCCUUCUCCUCUCAAAGCCCACAACCCCAACAUGGUGCCAGCAGAACCGUACAGCUUCCCAGUCCACUGUAUGUCUUAUACACAGACACAGAAUUGGAGCAAUCACGAAGCACCUUUUCUGAAAAGCAGCGUGCUGGAGAAGAAGGAGACUACGUCCUUUCCAAAGAUCUUCGCUGUCGAUUAAUCAGGAAUACAGUCACAAGCAUGCUUUCCAUUAAAAGAGCAGCUGGGGAUGACUUUAACUAUCCAUGCAGCCGUGAACUCACUGUAAUGGCGAAGCGUCUGAUUGAGUACUACCCAAUGCUUCGGGACAGAUCUCAAACCAGUAGAGCUGAGUGGGAAACUGUGAAAAAGCAGCUUUUGAAAAGGGUCCAGAAUGUGACAACCCCCAAAAAGAAGCAGGGUUCAACUCCUUCAAGAAAGAGGCCUAGGAGUUUAAGCUUUCAAAGCAGCCAUGAGACGUCCACUGAUGAGACUGAUGAAUCCACCGCAUCAACCUUGAUCUUGGAGAGAUCACCACCAUCUCGAUGCAGCACCCCGGAGGCUGAACAGUUAUGUGCAUCAGAAACGGAGAGCCCACAGACCCAGGCGAGACACUAUAAGACUCUACAGGCGAUGUAUAAAACUAAGGCCAGACCGAACAAGAUGGAUGUUGCUCAGCUCCUGGACCUCGAAAUCCAAGCGAGAAGGGCCUUCAUUGACUCUGAUGUUACAAAGGAGCAGGACAGGCCUUCCAAGAUUCUUAAAGCUUAUCCUUGCUUUGGAGAACUGGAUCAUCUAAUGGAUGAACUACGGCGGGUCCUCAAUCAAGGCAACUCCCACUUCUUAACGGAACUUAAGACCCGGUGGGGGACCUUUUGUGAGAGGGCACAGUUUUAUGGAGUUUUCAAAAAGCUCAUGAGGCCUCCGCAGCUUGACAAAGUAAAGCACUCAAUUGCCAUGAUGAAGGCUUUACCAGAGAUGUUCCCAUCACCUAUGGCCCCACCCAAGAAGUUAAGGCACGCAAGUGAGGCUCUGCUCCACGUCCUUGAGUCUGCAGAAGACCCAAACACCUUUCUUCAGACACGACCACUUUCCAGCCCUGUUGUCAUCAUCUGCGAAACCAACUGUAUACUGGCCAUUGGAACCAUGCCCGUGCUCAUCUUCCCAAAAGAGGACAUUCAUGAAAGCGUGAUGUAUCUCAUGGCAUGUUAUUACACCUUUCACCUCACCUAUCCUAAGUGCAUUGCAACACUCCUGUCUGUGGUGCAGACAGAAGUCCUCUUGGACGCCAUUCACGACCGUGACAUGACUACUUCAUACAAAAAGGCUAUGGCCGACUGGAAAAAGUUCAUAAGUGAUUAGGGCACUUAUAUAUGAGGGGCCGCUAGGGACAAUAUUCAGAAAUACCGUUCACUUACACAUGUGAAACA